AUGGCAUUGCCUCAAAAUAUAAGGGCAGGUCUGCUACCUACUGAAGCAGAAUACCUGGCUACUUCCGAAGUAGAAAUCAAUAUCGUUCCGCUGAUGAGAAUGGAUCGUGUUCGAUUAUUGGAUGGCAUUUACGGACCUCUGCGACCGCCAACACAAGCAAGGGUACCACUAUGGCUUGCACUCAAUCUCAAAAAACGAAAGAGAUGUUCGAUCGUUUGUCCGGAUUGGCUGCUGAUCGAACAGCUAAAGAAAUCGCUUCAACUAGAAACUAUGCAAGACGAAUUCGCACCUUUACCGCUACACUAUUUGGCAAUCUCGAAAGUUUUACUCGAAAGCGCAUCUGAAGAUAUACCCGAUAGCGAUGAGGUAAGAGCAUACCUCAAGAGUAUACGUGAAGCAAGGCAGAGUAAGAUCUUAAGUGGUGUAGAAGCGGUAAACACGGAACAUUUGGGAAUGACAAAUAUCUCUUUAGGCGAAGUGACUGAAUUGAGAUCAUUCUUAGGCACAGCAUUCAAUCAUUUGAGAGCAAUA